AUGGGAGAAGACUCCGACGAUCACAACCUCAUCUGGCGGUCCUUGAUCAUAACCUCCGCGACCUCCGCCGCCAAAUCCACCACGACCACCGCCGCCACGACCACCACGGAAGCCGCCACCACCUCGGUCACCGCCACGUCCACCACGGAAGCCACCGCCACCACGGUCACCGCCACGACCUCCUCGGAAUCCACCGCCGCCUCCACCACGUCCACGGAAACUCAUACUGCAAAAAUUAAUAUUAUUUAUUUCGUUUAUGAAGCGAAAAAGAGUGAAAACAUUCCGAAAAUCGAUUUUCCUCCCUAA